ACCAUUACUUGACUUUCGCUUAUUCUUCAUUUAAACUUCAAAAUGAAUUCAAUAAUUUUGGUCUUUUUGAGUGUUUUGGUAUUAAUAAGUGCUGCUAGCUUACGAGACGAUGGAGAUAUUCAAGAGCUUUUGAAAGACGAAGAUAUUGUUAUCAAUGAAAAGAUUACAAUCAAAGGUCGAAAGAUCCAAGGAAGAAGUUUAAGUUCGAGGGGAGAAAAAGUUAUUCAAAAAUAUCUGGAUAAAAUGCCCUAUGGAUUUCCAGAAUUACAACUUCCUCCAUUAGCUCCAUUUGUUAAAGAUCAAAUUGAUAUUGAACUUAAAGAUUCUUUCGCUGAAAUUUCUGCUAAUUUCAAAAACAUCCGCAUCGAAGGUUUAGAUGAUUUGCUGAUAAAUCACUUUGAAAUCAAUUACGUCUUUAGUCAAGAAGUCCUUUAUAACUUUACCUUUCCAAAAAUUAUUGCUACUGGUUCAUUUUUGAGUGAUUCCAUUAUGGAUUUGAUCAAAGAAUUUGGAAUCAAUGUUCAUCAUUACGGAAAUGGAGACUUUGAGAUAAUAUUUGAGAAUUUGACAUUAGAAGGUUAUUUCAAGUACACUAUGCCACUGGCAUGGGGAAGUAUUUCGAUUUAUAAUUUUAAAGGAAGUGUCGAAUUGGGUAAUAUUUCAUCAAAUAUUGAUGGAUUGGCUGGUGAGAGUAAUUUAAGUCAGUUGAUCAAUGAAAAGAUCGAAGAGUUUGGAAUGAAAUUUGUACAAUCGAAUCAGGAAUUAAUCAAUAAUAUGGUUAGAGAUUUUUUGAUCCCAAUGGCUAAUGUGAAGUUAGAGGGUAAAACUGUGUGGUCUUUGAUUGGUUGAAGUAUUUUGAAGAAGAAGUCGCAAAAGAAUUCUUGAAAAAUGUUGUGUUUAAUAAAAGUGCAAGAAAUUAAAUGAAAAAUUGGUUAUUUUAUUCGGGAUGAACCGGAAAAUUCUGUUUC